AUGGGUUGCCCAUUCGCCAUGUUUGCCAGCAUUACCGGCAUAAAUCCAGCCCAUCACAGUUCUUAUCACGCCAAACAUGGACAUUCAAGUAUGGCAUCCACUUCUGCAAUGAUGAUGAUCGAUGAAACUGAAAAAGAUACACUAACCGAAAAGAUGAAAGAAGCAACUUGGGCCGUUCAUCGUCAAUUAGAGAGAUCGGUUGGUGUAGCAGCAUUGAUGGGAAGAGGUACGGAUGGAAUGCCAGCAUUUGACCGAAAAGAUUAUUUGAAAUUCUUGAUUAUGUUGACUUGCAUUUAUGCUCAAAUGGAAUCGAUCAUCAUCAAUGCCGGUCCAACGAUCAAACAGGCCUGUCUGUCAGUCUUACGAACCGAAUCACUUUUACACGAUAUUCAAGCUCAUUUGGAUGAAUUGUUGUGUACCUCAAAUGCAGAUAUAAUGGAUCUUCUUGAACUACAAGAUGAGCACCAAGAGCCUUCUACUUCCGAGUCUGGUAUCGAUUCAAAGACUUUCCUCGCCUUUGCCGUGCAAGAUGCACAAGUCAAUCUAAUACAGGAUGGAAUACUCCCUGAUGAUACAGCUCGACUGAAUAUGGAUUAUAUCAAUCUCUUGUCUCCUCGUCAAGUAGAUGCUGUCGUGGUCUACAUUCGUCGGCUAAAGACGCUAUCCAAAACAAAUUACGGCGAUGAAGGAAUCUCAUUCACCCCAACAGAAGGAUGCAGUCCGAUGAAGCAGACGUCAUCCACAGCUUCUAAGAUUCAUCCUGUUCUAGCACAUGCUUACGUGCGAUACAUGGGUGAUCUGUCAGGAGGUCAACAUAUGCUCAAGAGACUUUCGAAACAAUUCGCAAUUCAACACACUACCCCGCCACUGGAUGAUGAUCGGAUCAACUAUCCACUCAAAGGAUGA